UCGACUCCAAUGAUGUGUUAUUUGUUAGUGAAUGUCUUUUCUCGUCUAUUUUAGUGCUUCAAAAUGUUUGUCAAAACAAUUUUUCAUAUAUUUUGUCAAAUUCUGGUCGAAUAACAAUUGCUUCAAAACUAAUCACUAAAAUAAUGUCUCAAAUGGUUAUUAAGUUAAGCAAUGAAAUGAAUAACAGUUGGAAACUGGAGGCAACAGAAAAUUACUUUUAUGUGACAACAAGUUUACCACAAAAUCAAUUUUACGAAACUAUUGGCGCCGAUAAUCAUACGCUUCUAACCAUGAAUUCAACUAAUAAUGAAGAUUAUAUGCCAUACGAGGAUAGAUUGGAGACAUAUAUCGUUCCCCUCGUAUUCUCCAUCAUAUUUAUAGUCGGUUUCAUAGGAAACGGAACUUUAAUUCACAUUUUCAUUCGCCACAAAUCCAUGAGAAAUCUUCCCAACACUUUCAUCCUAUGCCUGGCUGUGGGCGACCUUCUGGUGAUUGUGGGAACCGUUCCCUUCAUAAGUCUGAUCUACACUCUGGACAGUUGGCCUUUCGGUGAGUUUAUCUGCAAAUUCAGUGAAUUCAUGCGCGACGUGUCCAUUGGUAUUACGGUAUUGACUCUAAGUGUGCUAUCGUUUGACCGAUACGUCGCUAUCGCCCAACCCUUCAGCAAAAUCAAUGAUAACAUGUCUAAAAAGUCGACCACUUUAGUGGUGAUCGCUCUGUGGAUAAUAUCGGUGCUGUUGGCCAUUCCCGGAGCUUAUAAUUCCCAAGUGAUCCGAUAUAACAUUACAAAUGAUAUCCAUAUCAAUAUAUGCUAUCCAUUUCCGGCAGAAUUGGGUCAUUGGUACCCAAAAAUGAUAGUUAGCUUUAAGUUUAUCUUCUUUUACAUCAUUCCUCUGGUGACGAUCGGCUCCUUUUACGCCCUUAUGGCCAGACAUCUGGUGAAGAGCUCUCAACAAAUCAGCGGACUUAAUGUCAAUCAACAAUUCAAACACUUGGAGCUGAGGACAAGAGUGGCCAAAAUGGUCUUCAUUUUGUCCGUCAUAUUCGCCGUCUGUUUCUUUCCAAAUCACAUUUUCAUGAUAUGGUUUUACUUCACAUACCCAAACUCAAUGGAAAAUUACAAUACAUUUUGGCAUAUCUUAAAAAUUACAGUUAGAGAACUAUACUUAAUUAGUGGCAAAUUUCGGUCACAUUUUAAACGAUACCUUUUUGGCUGUUUUGCGAAAAGACGACAAUUGGAGCGAAAGCCUACCUAUAGGGCCAAACCAUUGCUCUUUUACAGCACAUCCAUAAAGAGCUCUUCGGGUGCCAUCGCCGGCGCCAACUCAACCCGACUCUGAACCUCUAUACCAUGUUUUCA